AAGAAUGGCCUAAAAAACUUUUUUAGGGCAGCUUUUUCCAUAAAAGUUGAACUUACAACAGAUGAUCAUCUGUUGUUCGAUGCAUUUUAAGUGAUUUAUUUGAUUUAAACGGAUUUGAAACCAUGAACGAGUAGAUCUAAUCGUAGAAAAACAACUAUGGAAGCUGGAGAAGAGCCUUUGAAUGCAUAUCUAUUCAUAACAAUGUGAAAAUAAUCCUUCAAUAUGAUAGCGUUCAUUCUUUCAAGCAUUUUAUUCGCUAAACUAGAUUUAGUAUCUGCCGAGUGUACAGAUAUCUAUGGUAGAUCCAUUACACCAGGUAUUCAUUUCAUCCCUGGUCCGGAUAUAUGUCAAUUAUGUGUUUGUGAUAACACUACUCCAAAAUGGUGCAAACGAGUGCUAUGUUCACCGCCUCAAAAUUGCAAAUCUUUCGUGAUGGGAAGUUCUUGCUGCGAUUACAGCUGUCUGGAUAACACGAUACAGAGCGGUGGAGAUUUCAGGGAUGAAAUCGAUCGCAGAUUUUUAAUCACUAUUGCUACAGCAUUCCUUAUUCUGACAGUAUUACUCUUCAUCAUUCAUAAACUACGUCAUCGAACUAUCCAUGUAGGUAGACUUCAAAAUAGACAACUUGCUGAAGACCGAAGGAGUAUCGGUAGUAUUGGUUUCAUUACCGGAAGUAUCGGUUAUUUGAAUUUAUCCAAUGGGCAUCAUUUCGACGAUCAUCCUCUUGUACAUUUUCCUGUAUACAAACCGCAUGCUAAUUACUUUCCUAGGGGUGAAGCUCCUCCACCUUACGACGAAGCAAUGGCUGAUACAGCGUUGAACAUAUCUGCUGCAACUCAGUUGCUUACGAAUGAUAGAGAAAUUCUAGAAUUCAACGAACAGAGACGACGAUGCAAUUCAGCUGGCAUUGCUAUGACAGCUUCGCAUCCGAUUAAUACCGCCGAAAGAUGUAAUUGCGAACCACAGCAGCCCGUCAAAGAUAAUCGUAACCAAGCUGAUCUGACUAAUGUGUACGGUUGCGCUGCUCAACACCGAACGAUACCUUUACCUAUCUGUGUCACUCCCGAAUCACUUAAUCAACAUGGUCCAGUUCAAUCUAACGAGUCGUUGAAUCGUCGUUCGUGCCCAAUCCACAAUAAAAAAAAUGACGCCACCGGAAGAGCAGACUCUGAACAACGUAGCCGAGCUAACUCGACUGGUUAUGCUCAACCUACCACUAGCACAGGACAUGGUACUUGUCCUCCUCAAUUCCAUCUCGAUCCAGCUCACGCAACUGGUUCUACUCAUCGCACUUUACCUUUAUCUGCCAGUUUAUCUUCGCCCUUACCUUCUACUUCGGAUUCGUGCGAACGUCAACCCCAAUUUACUACAUUCUCGUCCGCUAUUAAUAUUUCCUCGGUGAAUGGAAAAGAACCAAGUCCAAGUAAAUCAGGUAAAUUGGAGCCAUUAACCAAACAAUCUAGCCAAUCUAGAAAAUCUCUAGCAUCGGUAUCAGUAACCAACGAAUCUCAACCCAAACCGAAAAAAUCUUCCAAAUGUUCGAAAGAGCGUGCUGCUGCUGCGGCAACCUCAUCCACUCCUAAUGAAUCCAAAGAACCCAAACCAGAAACAGAUGGCAGCUCUCAACUAGUCGACGACUACCAUGCCGAAUGUGAAAAUUGUAAUUUAAACGUAAAAGGAGAAUGCGACGGUCCCGAUGAAUAUUUCCCAGAGCAGGAGACGAUGACUUUGCAAAGGAAACUACACGAAGCUUCGACUGCUAAAACCAACGAUCAAAAAGCUUCGUUGACUUUGCCCACCAACUCGCGAACUAAAAGAUGUUCGUCAAAGAAUCGUAAAUGCGGACGUUGGAAUGGUAAAGAAUCUCCCUUCAAAACCAUGCUCGAAUUGGUGUCUUCCGAAGAAGAAGAAAAAGAGGCUGAUAAAUCUCAACCGAAUAAAACUACCGACUCCGACGAUAAAGUCUAAAAUUACGUAAUAUUUCCAAGUUGUAGGAUACAUAUUCUAAAAAUGUGGUAUUAUUCGAUCCACUGCGUCGUAUAGUAAGCUUCACUGUUGAAUUUUUUAUAUGUACUCGUUGAACGAGUUGAACAACGUUGAUGAUCGUCUUCUUCCAUUCUAUCGAGUUACCCCCGAAGUAAGCUUCCAUUUUUCUUCAUGUUCCGAUCAUCUUCGUCAAGUUCAACGGUUUCGUAACCAAUGCAGUAUUAUUUAUAAAUGUUCUACCAUUUUACAUCGCGUAGUAUUAAGUUCUGUGUUUCAUUUUGUGUUGCAUUUAUGUUCGCCUCUUUUAUUAUUUUCAUUUUCAUUUACACUUUACUGUUCAGUGUUUUUUUUUCUCUCGUACAGUAUUAUAGCGUUCCUCAAGUUCAGAUCUCGAGCAUUUCUGCGCUUUUUUUUUUUUACAUAUACGUAAGCCAUUCAUCUCAUUUAAAGUAGUAUUAUACUCGCUUUACUCCUUCCUUCGUUCCUUCCAAUUCCAAAGUCACUCGAACGUAUCAAUUUAAAUGAUUUGCUUUAGUUCGACGCAUUUCCCAGUGUCAUAUUUUCUUUUUCUGUACUUAAUUUUUUUUUAAAUGUUUUAUACUGAUUUUUUUCUUCUUUUUUUUUGUAUCAUUUAGUGACACGCUUGUUACAUUCAGGGCGGACUUGUUUUAUGUUAUUUUCGUUAAAUUUCGUGUGAGUGGUAUUUUUAAUGAUAAGUUAAUUUUAUUGAAGAUCUGUUAAACAUGUUGUGAGACUAUUUAGUGUUUCCGAUAACGUAAAUUAAUAUCAGGAAUGUUAUUCUAGUCAUUCUAUGAAACAGAUAUGCUUUUAAAAUGUAAUACGUAAUGGAAAACUGUUGAUUUAGCAUAUCGUAUUGUUUUUCUGUCAUCGUACAAGGUGUCCUAAAAAAUAUCAUCACUUAGAAUUAAUUCUGACUUUUUUUUUUUUUUGAGACACCCUGUACUAAUUUCCAGAGUGAAAAACAACUCGUUAGUAUUGGACUUUCGAUAACAUUCGAAUAAAUAAAGAGGAUUUUUUCAAAAUAACGAACCAACGAAUUGGAAUUUAUGUAGUUUUAAUAAUGAAAAAUGAGUACGACCAGAUUAGUUGUUUGAAUGAGUGUGUUGUGUAGUUAGAUAGAGAAAAUAUUUAACAUUUAGAAAUUGGAUUUGUACUCGUUAUACAUGUUCUAGUCUUUAACAUAAUAUACUCGAAAUGAUUGAUCUGUUAUAAUUACUACGUACCCACCUACGAACUCAGUUUUUUCUCACUCUUUUGGGGGAAAAAAUUUCCGAAACUGAGUUACUAUUAAUUAAACGAUUAUAAGAAGAGUAUUAUAAUAAAAAAAAAAUAGAUGAUGUUAUUUUUUUGCAUUCUCAUAAUACUAUGAUAUGUAUUACUUAUAAAUUAAAAAUAUGUGUACGUAUAAA